GAAAGCAUGUGUUAAACGUCAUUUUUGAAUAUAUUGAAACUCUCAAUAAAUCUCAAUAGUGCGAGUCUUAAAAAGGCAACAAACGCAUAAACUGGUAAGCCAAAGCGAUAAAAAGGCUUUUAGUUUUCUAACUUUUCACCAAAAAUAUGGUUUGAAUUUCAGUUUAACUCUAAUAUCAAAAGAUGAUAUCAAAAGAUAAUAUCAAAAACGAUUACUUGAAUCAAAACUCGAAUUGGUUUUAAUCACCUUAAAAACGCCCAACUUUUAAAUUACUCAGAUAAAUUUCGAUUAAAAAAAUCAAGUUUAAUUUUCAUAUUAUUAAAACUGGCAAUCAAUUUUAAAACUCAAAAUUCGCGUUAAAAUGACUACCGUAGCCCCAAAGGAAACCACAGAAGCGACCGAUAAAAGUUUAGAAGCAACAAAUCGAGUUGAAGAGAAACAUUCUGACAAAAAUGAAGACCAUUUUACAACCAACGAAUCAGCAUCAGUUAAUGCAGAUUCAGAUGCCGAAGCAAACUCGCCUAAAUCAAGAAAAGACGAGGAACUACAGCACGAAGUAGAUCUACUAGAACAAGCGCUCGACGUUAUCCCAGCCAAGGAACAAAUUUGUGCCGCUUACUCCCGGGAUGAGCUCCUGGAUAUUUUCACUGAGGCUCUUACUAAGUUGGAUGACCGGAAAAAUCUAUCCAGAUUUUGUCCAGUUUGCAAUCGUCGAAAACUACCGAAAGUGGACUCUGAAAAUGUCUGGACUGAAGAACUUGGGAAACAUUUCGAAUUGGCUUCGACACUUGAUCAAAAUGACAUAACUGCUGUGAACAAAGUUGAUGACAUAACAUUCAACAAUGACGCAAUCAAUUCCUUGUUGACAAAAUGGUUGAAUAGCAAACUUGCAGACAAACCAUACUCAGAUUUUGGCGAUGAAAUCUCUUUUGGAUUUCCAAAUGACGGCUUUUCGAGGCUUUUUUCAAAGGUCGCAAUGGAUCACAGAAUGAAUAUUAUUCGGGGAGUUUGUGGCGGUGUUUGUGUUGAAUUCGACCUGGAGACCGGUAUGACAGAUGCCUUCAGCAGAGACAAAGACAAGUACAGAUUCACGUGGAGAGAAACAUUUGUGAGGGGCAGCAAACCGAUUGUGAUAACAGACGAAAAAGUGAAGGAGAAAAUGGUUGUGGCCUUAUGUCGGGCUAUGAAGACAGAUAGGCAGUAAACUUAUACCACAAUGCCAGAAAUGAGUGUUUCUCUCAUCUAAAUUUAAAAACACCAAAAAUGCAAAUCCAGAUGAACAUAUACAAUUAACGGGUUGAGCAUUCCCGCAUCCAAG